UGUUGAAAGAAAGAGGUCCAGGUCUCAGUCUCUGUUUAAAUGCAGGCAGCUGUCUUCGAGAAAGUCUGCAUUGGCGAGGGCUGUGGAUGAGCAGUGAGCGAGCCUGAAGGCGCAGUGGAUAGCAGGUUUCUGAAGCUGCAGACAUGGGAGCUGAAUGCUGGAGAAACCUUCUGCUGUUGUUGGCUGCUCUGGUCCUGACGGCCAAAUUGGGUCACUUUCAAAGGUGGGGAGGCUUCCAGGAGAAGUCUACAAGCAAGAAAAACAUGAAUUCAACACUCAAAUUCUUUAUUGAAAACUACAACAAUGUGAGCAAUGACACCUACUUAUUUCGAGUAGACAAGCUACUUCAAAGUUAUAUGCAGCUGACAACCGGAGUGGAGUAUCUGGCCACCGUAAAGAUUAGCCGGACCAAGUGCAAAAAGAACAGCACAAAGAGUCAUGCAUGCCCCCGACAAAGCGAGAAGAAGUUGAAGAAGAGUUUCAUUUGCGAUUUUUUGAUAUACACUGUGCCCUGGAUCAACUAUUACGAGCUUUGGAACAACUCCUGUCAAGAGGCCUACUAGUAAAUGGGUUUGUGCAAAGAUCCUCGAUGAAACCUUA